AUGUCUGCGCUUCGCCUUGUGUCGUCUGCUGCCCGGAGGGCGCCCAAGACGUUUGCGUCUGGUCGUCGCGGCUAUGCGGAGGCCGCUGACAAGAUCAAGCUCUCCUUGGUCUUGCCUCACCAAUCCAUCUUCACCUCGACAGAAGUCGUGCAGGUGAACCUCCCUGCUGCAACUGGAGACAUGGGUGUUCUCGCGAACCACGUUCCGUCCAUCGAGCCUCUUCGUCCUGGUGUCGUUGAGGUCGUUGAGCCGGGCAAUGCGUCAAAAAAGUGGUUUGUGUCUGGCGGGUUUGCCACUGUGCAUCCCAACAAUAAACUGACCAUUAAUGCGGUGGAGGCUGCACCGUUGGCGGACUUCUCGCCUGAGGCCGUUCGUGCUAAUCUGCACGAGGCGUUGAAGGUUGCUUCUGGUAAUGGUUCAGAAGAGGAUAAGAUGGAGGCUCGCAUCGAGGCGGAUGUGUACGAGGCGCUGCAGUACGCACUGGGCUCCAAGUAA